AGCUGAGUUGAACGCGCGGCUGACAUCGAGACGAUAUUAAAAACGUACCCGUUCCAAUUUCAUUAUUUUAAUUCCAAUGGCUCUACCGCUUCGACAACUAGUGCACACUAAUUAAAUUCCGAAAAAAGUUAGACGAGAACUUGAAUUCGGAGUUCGAACUCUAUGAAAACAAAAUGCGUGAAGUGCAUUCGCUUUUCGAAAUUUGAAUGAAAACUUUUUUGUUGCGUGUUAUUCAGCCAGUGAAUGACUAUUCAUGAAACAUCCUAAUUUUAUUUAAUCCUUAUUAAAGUAAAUACGUAGUACUUGUAUUAUUUAAAAAGCCUGGUGCUCGAGUUAGUUGAGAUGCCAUCGCCGGCGGAGUCGAACGUGAACUGUGUGCAUGUUAUUGACAUUGACAACGACGAGACUGUGAUAAACGUUGCGAAGAUUGAAGUGCCAGUGAUACACGUGCGAAGUGAAAAGACCCCAGUCAUGAACGGAAAUGGAAAUAUAACGAACUCAAAGUCGAAACCGACAAAUAUUGCUGAGACAGUGCAGAAAGCCCGCGACAGCUUCAACCGCGGCGUGACCAAGCCGAUAGAAUGGCGGCGCAAGCAGCUGCAGAGCCUACUGCGCAUGUACGAGGAGAACCAGAACGCGAUGAUCGACGCGCUGGCCAAAGACCUGCGCAGGAGCAAGAUGGAAGCUGUCCUUCUCGAAGUCGACUACUUGAUCAAUGACUUAAGGAAUACGCUUCAUAAUCUGAAUGAUUGGGUGAAGCCUGUUAGGCCACCGAAAGGCCUCGUGAACAUCUUGGACGACGUAGUGAUCUACAACGACCCGUACGGCGUGGCCCUAGUGAUCGGCGCGUGGAACUACCCACUGCAACUGCUGCUAUUGCCCAUGUCGGGAGCGAUCGCCGCCGGCAACGCUGUCAUAGUGAAGCCCAGUGAACUGUCGGUGCACUGCGCUCAGUUCAUUGCCGAGAUGCUGCCCAAGUAUCUGGAUAACGAAGCAGUGCUGGUAGUGGAAGGCGGGCCGGCUGAGACGACGGAGCUUCUAAAACAGAAGUUCGACUACAUCUUCUACACGGGUGGCACCAACGUCGGCAAGAUCGUCUACGAGGCUGCCACCAAGAACCUCACGCCUGUUACCCUGGAGUUGGGAGGGAAGAGCCCAGUGUACAUAGACAACACAGUGGACAUAAUAGUGACAGCCCGGAGGAUCCUCUGGGGCAAGUUCAUCAACGCCGGCCAGACCUGCAUCGCUCCGGACUACAUCCUCUGCUCCAGGGAGGUCCAGGACAAGUUUGUCGAGGCCUCCAAGAAGGUGCUUAAAGAGUGGUACGGUGACGACCCUCAGAAAUCUCCGGAUCUAUGCCGAAUUGUCAACAACAGGCAUUUUAGCCGCCUCCAAGCUUUACUAGACGCGAGUAAAGACAAAGUAGCAGUGGGCGGCAACUAUGACCCCCAGGACAAGUUCAUUGAACCCACCAUCCUUGCCAAUGUCUCGCCUUCAGACAAGAUCAUGGAAGAUGAGAUCUUCGGCCCCAUACUCCCCAUUGUGCCCAUCGAAAACGCCUAUGAAGCCAUUAAGUUUAUCAAUGCCAGGGAGCAUCCAUUAGUUCUGUAUGUGUUCAGCAAGCAAAACAACAUACAAAAGUUGUUCACUGAACAAACUCGCUCGGGCAGUAUCAGUAUGAACGACACAAUCAUGUUUUACGGCGUGGACACUCUGCCGUUCGGUGGUGUGGGUAACAGUGGUAUCGGCGCGUACCACGGGAAGGCUACAUUUGACACGUUCACACACAAGAAGAGCUGCUUGGUGAAGAACUUCGCUGCUAUCGGGGAGAAAUUGGGCUCUGGGCGCUACCCACCGUACUCUGACGGCAACCUGAGCUUCAUCCAGAUGUUGAUGCGCAAGCGCCACCCGCCCUCGCUGCGGUUCGUGCCCUACCUGCUCGCGUUUGCCCUUGGCGCCGGCCUGUCCUACGGAUUCUUCACAUGGAACAAGAUGGCGUCCGAAGCAGAGCUGUAAUUGACUGAAUUUAGAUUGUAAAUGAUCGUGAGGGACCAGGUGUACUGUAAAUGUGAUAUGAUAGCAUCUUUAUAUUAUCCGGUGGGCCACACUUAGCACCCCAUCAAUAAAACAAAUACGCUGUGUGCACUGUAUGACACUGGUUUUAGCAUAAAGGGACUGGAGUACGAUUAUGAUUGCGUAAGUUGAACA